AUGGAACAUACAUACGGACAUAGCCGUUACUUGUACCCAACGGCUGCAGCUCAUGUUACCAUUCAGUAUAUGGCCAAGGAGAAGUACUUGAUUAUUUGGCAAUGUUGCACUUGUGGCCGUCCUUCGAUACCCGAACCAAACGGAAGUAUCUGUCCGUCGUGUGAACACGCUCAGUGCAGCGACUGCAAAAGGAAGAAACUACAACUUACAUCAUGA